UAGGCCUGCAAUGGAUGCCCUGAGACUGGCAAACUCCGCUUUUGCAGUUGACCUGUUCAAGCAGCUGUGUGAAAAGGACCCGGCAAGCAACGUCAUCUUCUCUCCUAUCUGUCUUUCUACUUCUCUGUCACUUGCUCAAGUUGGUGCCAAAGGUGAUACAGCAAACGAAAUCGGACAGGUUCUUCAUUUUGAAAAUGUCAAAGAUGUCCCCUUUGGAUUUCAAACAGUGACAUCGGACGUAAACAAACUCAGCUCCUUCUACUCAUUGAAACUCAUCAAACGGCUCUAUGUAGACAAAUCUUUGAAUCCUUCUACAGAAUUCAUCAGUUCAACGAAGAGACCCUAUGCGAAAGAAAUGGAGACCGUUGACUUCAAAGACAAGAUAGAAGAAACAAAGGACCAGAUCAACAAGUCAGUUAAGGAACUCACAGAUGGUCGCUUUGAGAACAUUUUAGCUGACAACACUGUUAACGACCAGACAAAACUCCUUGUGGUAAAUGCUGCCUAUUUUGUUGGAAAGUGGAUGAAGAAAUUUCCUGAAUCGGAAACAAAAGAAUGCCCGUUCAGAGUCAACAAGACAGACACCAAACCAGUGCAAAUGAUGAAUCUGGAGGCCACAUUUUGCCUGGGCCACAUCGAUGACGUCAACUGUAAGAUCAUAGAGCUUCCGUUUCAAAACAAGCACCUCAGCAUGCUCAUCCUGCUGCCCAAGGACGUGGAGGACGAGACCACAGGCCUGGAAAAGGUUGAGAAACAACUCAACUCAGAGACACUGCUACAGUGGACCAAUCCCAGCACCAUGGCCAAUGCCAAAGUGAAGCUCUCCAUUCCCAAGUUUAAGGUGGAAAAGAUGAUUGACCCCAAGGCUAGUCUGGAGAACCUAGGGCUGAAAAGUAUCUUUAACGAAAAUUCCUCAGAUUUCUCUGGACUCUCAGAGACCAAGGGGGUGGCCCUGUCCAAUGUGGUCCACCAUGUGUGCUUAGAAAUCACGGAAGACGGGGGUGAUUCCAUUGAGGUGCCGGGAUCACGCAUCUUGCAACACAAAGAUGAGUUCAAUGCUGACCACCCCUUUGUUUACAUCAUCAGGCACAACAAAACUCGAAACAUCAUUUUCUUUGGAAAGUUCUGUUCUCCUUAA